AGGAGCCAGAGAAUGUUCAACAGGAAGCCAGGAACUUGUUUCAGAUGUGGCAAACCGGGACACUGGAGAUAUGAAUGUCAGGAGGCACAAGGCAGACCAGAGGAAAGAAAUGAAAAGGCCUAAAUCUGAAGGAAGCUGUGGUAGCAGACCUGCAUAAGACUGGGGUAGUAACAGGCAGCCUCAUGGACUUGGCCAACAGCAUGUCUACACAUAUUCUGAAAUCAAGGGGAGACAACACAGUGUCAAAAUAUUAUGGAUCAUUCAGGAGAUGGGAACGGUUUAUCAACACGGAAGGAGGUAGUGCUAUACCAGCGCAGCCGGUGCAUGUGGCCCUAUAUUUAACAAGUUUGAUAGACAAAAACUGUUCAGUAAGUGUUAUACAGUCGGCAAUUUAUGGAAUUAAAUGGGCUCACAGCAUCAGAGGAAUGAAUGACCCUACGGACAAUCACUAUAUCAAACAUUUACUUGAAUCUUGUAAGAGGCAAAACAGUGUGCCAGUGGUGAGAAAGGAUAUUGUAACUUCAGAGCAGAUAGUGAGUUUAUGUGAGAAAUAUGGAAGCUCGAAUGAUAUACUGGUCUUGAGAGAUUUAAGCAUGAUAGUGUUAAGUUUCAGUGGUUUUCUGAGAUUUCAGGAGGUAAGCAAUUUAAGGUGUAAAGAUUUAUCUUUUCACGAGAAUUUUAUGUCACUUUUUCUGGUGAAGUCAAAAACUGAUCAGUAUCGUCAAGGGAGCAAAGUUUUAAUCAAUGAAGGGAGAACUACCGGGUGUCCAAUUAGGAUUCUUAAGAGAUAUAUUUCAACAGCCAAUGUAGAUUUGAAAUCUGGGGAAUUUUUGUUCAAACCAGCCUAUAGGUCAAAGGGCAAAUGUUGUCUUAUUAAGAAAAAUAAGCCAAUUAGUUACACCAGGGCCAGAGAGACAAUUUUGGCCAGAUUGAAGGAGGUUUGUGGAGAUGCAAAUUUGGGCUUGCAUUCAAUGAGGGCAGGCGGUGCAUCUAUGGCGGCAAGGUCCGCAGUCAAUGACCGAUGCUGGAAGAGGCAUGGGCGUUGGAGAGGUGAAAAAUCCAAAGAUGGUUAUGUAGAAGAUACUAUUGAGAAAAGGCUGGAGGUUUCAAAGUUCUUAAACUUAUAAAAAAAAAAAAAAAAAAAAUUAUACAAUAUUUUUCUCGUCAACAUAGCCCACAGAAUUCUACCCGUUCUUUGUUAUUUUCUAUAAGUCUCUCGGGCAGGCUACUUCCAAAAAGUAUUUUGGUGUUGAGUUAUAUAUAUUAUAUAUGGUUUGAGUAUAUCACAGACUGUCACUUUCCUGCGUUACGUAGUAUAGCAGGAAAUAUAUGUCUGAGGGUUUCGUAUUUAGUAGUUAUGAAUAUUCAUGGAUAGGAGCGAGGUGCACGAGUUUUGCGUGAGGGUACACGUGUCUAGGAGAGUACAGGUGAGAAUACAGGUGAGAUAGUCAUUCUAGCCAGAGACCCGCAUGGCAGUACACCGUUCUAGUCUAUAUUGUAUUUACAUUUAUAUAUACAUGUAGGUAGGGUUAAUGUUUGUAUUGAUAUUAUUACCACUUUUGUGUGAAGAUACUGAUAGGGGUAAGACGUCAAAAGGUUUUCCAGAGUUUUUGUCUCAUUGAGUUUGACCUCUGGUUUUUAACCCUGGACGUUGCGCACAAGCACAUGCUGUAUAUAUGUGCUUAUGGAGUGAUUUGAAGCUUAGCUCAAAUUUCAUUAGUAAAGUGUGGGAGUGAGAGUAGACAAUGUUGUAUUGACACUGUAUUAUUACCAAAUAUGCUGCAAAUAAAAGUCGGUCCAUCAAGUCUCUCGGGCAGGCUACUUCCAAAAAGUA